AUGGUAGAUUUAGUGAUUGCCACAGUAGAAGGUAGUAAAGUCAUACUCACAAACCAGAACGCCAGUAACGGGGUCAUUCAUGUUCUCGAUCGUGUCAUGUAUCCAUUACCAGACAAUACACUCCUUCAGUAUGUUGCCUCACAGCCAAACCUUUCACAGUUAGUUUAUUCUGUUAUCCGAGCAGACUUACAAGCAGAGCUCGCAGGAGGACCAUUUACUUUAUUUGCACCAGUAGACAGCGCUUUCGACAAAUUACCACCAGGAUUUCUAAGUGACAAUUUCUUAACUCUUCACGAUUCAAGGCGAUUGAUGCGCUACCAUUAUGUAAAGGGAACAUUUUACAGUUCAGGAUUAAAAGACGGUAUGAUGGUUCCAACUGCAGAAGGCGAAAAUCUUAGAAUACGUAUUAUUAAUGGGCAUGUCAUGGUGGAUAAUGCAAGAGUAAUAAACCCAGACAUCAAUGUUGCAAACGGCGUCAUUCAUAUUAUCGAUACCUUUUUACAGCCAUCCAAUCAAACAACAUCUAGCCCAAAUGUCAUAGGUUAGAAAGAUCAAAUCUGAAUCAUUUAUAAACAUUAUUGUUUGAACGGUUGUAUGUUUUCUGGAGGAUGUUUAUUCCGCAAAUGUAAAGACAUAAUUUCAGACUCAACUUUAAAGAUAUGAUUACCAGCAUUUCUGGAAUCUUUCACUUUUAAACUGAUCAGGAGAUGUUUUAUACAUGUAUAUAUGCGAUUUUGUACCAUGUACAUUUACUCCAUAUCCUUUCAUUUCUAUAGUCAUAUGAUUUUAACAUACCCACAAGUUGUAUACACUGUAAUUUUAAAUUACAUGUAUAUCUGUGAUUGCUUGUAUAUUGAUGGUAGUCUCAAUACACUUGAUUGUGACUAGUAUAGUGUUUUUAAAACAUUGUAAUUAUUUACUAUCAUUUUAUUAACAUUGCUGCAAACAUUUAUAGUUUUGUGUGUAUAUCAAAUGGUUAUGAUUUGAUUUUACUGUUGCCAAUCAAUGCUAUGACUUACCAUUGCUGUAUAAUGUUUGAAUUUUGUUAUUAUAUAUUCAUAAUAAAUUCAUAAAAAUCUAA